AAUGUAGAAGUGUGGUUAAAAUCAGUAUCAGCCAAUGGACUAAAUCAUAUAGUGUUUCCGUGACAUGACAAUGCGGGACAUGUUUUUUUUACAUAAAGUUUCAUGAUUUAAUAUAAAAUAUGAUAAAAUAUUUUUAAAAACAACAAUGGGAAAAAAAUGCAAAAAAUUAUUUCAAUAUCAUUUUCAUUAGUUGAAAUUUAGGGGUUAGGGUUCAGGACAGCCACCUCCCAAUUGAAAGUCCCCAAUAAAUGACGAUGUUAUAUAUAUUAAGCUUACUGAUAUUUCAAAUAUUAUUGUGGGAUUCAAUAGAUAAUAGAAGGAUCUUAGUCAACAUCUAAAAUUUGAAUACUUAAAUGACUUUUAAAUGUGUUUUUUGGUUGGUUUUCUAACCAAAACGUUAUCUAUUGGUUCUUUUUUGCAACCUAAAGAGAACGUUCCCAGAACGUUCCCUGCAGGUUAUUAUUUUUAAAUUUGAUUUUUAUAACCAAACUAAUUAACGUUGCAGAUGAUACAUGCCUACUUCAGAAAAUGUUAUGGUAUAUAUCCAGAAAGAAACAAAACAAAAAGAUAGUACCCUACUUUUAGUUAGUGUAGACAGCAUUUUUGGACAUCAGUUGCGAUCUGAGUCAGCUGCACGCGCCGAUGGUGCCCAGAAAAUCCCUCUAGGUAAGACGCGCACUAGGUUUUGAUUAAAAGAGGGUUUUAGAGCAUUAAGUUGAGCUCUGUCAGGGAAAACAGCAGUGAGGUGCUCACGGGUCACCGACUCGGAUCUUUAUGGAUUAUUAUUUUUUCUGCAUCAACUGCAAAUCACGUGAGAUGAAUGUGCAAUGACAAUGUCCCGACACCGAGCGGUCUCGCGCACUUCUCGAGGAACGGGCACGCUCUCACAUUCCUUCAUGUAACCGAGCACUUCAUCGCAUUUUUACUGUGUUUUCUUUCUUUUUAUUUUGCUUUUUGUUUUGGUUUAUUUAAUAGCAAUGGCUUGGCCGUGCAUCAGCAGAGUCUGUUGCUUGGCUCGGUUCUGGAACCAGUUCGAUAAAUCGGAUUUGUCGGUUCCGCUAACGAUUCAGAACUACUCGGACAUCGCGGAGCAGGAGGUGAGAUCCGUCACCAAACUCGUUUCCACGGAACCGGCACCAAGCGUCGACUUCGUAACGCCGGAACACGCUGCUGGAGUCCGGCGGUCGCAUCGGGGACGGACCGAAACGAGUUAUAAACCCCGCGAGGACUACCAUCCCCCGGGUGUGCCUUUCCCGAGCGUCACCCAGUAUAAACAGGAUUACAAACCCUGGCCCAUCCCGAAGAAGGAUAACUUUCCCUGGAUUAGUAACGGAGGGAAAGGCGGCACUUUAACGGACAGCCCGGUGAACGGUUACUCUAACGGCACGAGUCAACCGCGGGCGGACAGACAGGAGCGGAGCGGCAGGCAGAGAGGAGGAGAUCAGAUCAGCUCAUACAGACAGGAGUACCAGCCUUGGUCUGGAGCCCGGCCGCAAAAGCCUGCCCACAAACGGCCCACGUUCCUGGGUACAGGUGCUGACGAGCCCCCGCCGGAGACCAGCUACCAGGCCGCCUUCAGCCCAGAUGCACACAGACACAUGGACAUCGUUCCGGAGACCAGCACACACGGAGCCGAAGACUAAACUGUCACCAAAUCCAUCUGCCGUCUUUCAAAGCAAAUCCAGGAUCUUCAACAUAUGAUCCAUCAAGCUCCCCACAUUCACGUCUGAUUCAGCCUUUCACUAGAAGAGAAAACCAUUU